CAUGGAAAAAACAUGAAGACCUCUGUGGCCUGGAGAGCAUGAAAAGCACGUGCGGACGAUAUUGCACACGUUGAGGGGGGUCAUUGUUAAUUGUGAGCGUCUUUCUUGCAUUUUAGACAAUGGAAACGGUAAAGAAAGUGAGGAAGGCGUUUAGGAGGCAUUUCAUCGACGUACUUCGACUUUAUGUGAUGGGAGGCACAGGCGGAAACGGCCUCCCUCGGUAUGGCGGCAUUGGGGGUCCAGGUGGGAACGUCUAUGUCGUUGCCAAAGAAGACACCACCCUGAAAGUCUUGGUGAAGAAGCACCCAAACAAGAGAUUCAAGGCAGGCAUGGGAGGGAACAGUCACAAAUACCACAUUCUUGGUACACCAGGAGAGAACAUUCAUAUUCCCGCCCCAGUUGGAGUCAUUGUGAAGACAGAUCAUGGAGCAUGUCUUGGAUCCCUUGAUGUGGCAGGAGAAAAGGUCUUGGUUGCAAAAGGUGGUCUUGGAGGAAAUCCCAUCAAUAAUUUCCUUGGACAGAAGGCUGUUCCUAAUUUUGUGACCUUGGAACUGAAACUUAUAGCUGAUGUUGGUUUAGUUGGCUUUCCCAACGCUGGGAAAUCAACCUUAUUGCGUGCCAUAUCUCAAGCAAAGCCUACUGUAGCUUCCUACCCAUUUACAACAAUUCAGCCCCAACUGGGACAGAUUGUAUACCCUGACAAGAGGACUAUCACAGUAGCAGAUCUACCAGGCCUAAUUGAAGGAGCUCAUGUGAAUCGUGGAAUGGGACACAGUUUCCUCAGGCAUGUUGAACGGACCAAGCUCCUCCUCUUCGUUGUGGACAUUAUGGGGUUCCAACUUGGAACAAGAUUCACCUACAGAUCUCCUCUAGAGACUGUUCUCCUGCUGAAUCGAGAACUGGAAUUGUAUAGAGAUGACCUUGUAUCCAAGCCAGCACUUCUUGCUGUGAAUAAAAUGGACUCACCACAAGCAAGGAGGUAUCUGAACAAACUAUUGGCUGAUCUCCGCCUUGUCCAAGAGGGGACAUUGGACAUUGCUGACCACCUCAGGCCUUUGCAGUUCAUUCAGUUCGAUGAAGUGAUCCCCAUGUCAGCCAAGACUGAUCCUGGAUCUUUGGAGUAUAUCAAGCUUCGCAUUAGAAAAGUGUUGGACUUUCACGAGGAACUUCAUCGAAAUGAAACGAGUCGGUCGUGUGGACUUGUUGAGCAAUGUGACCAUCUUCCAGUUUUUGCAUGAAGUUUCAUGAAAUAUGCUGUGAAAGAAUGAGUGUUUUUUUAAAUGUCUAUGUUGACCAUGAUCAAGAAAUAAAUUAUUGAUGACA